AAUAAUGAAUCAAACAAAUUGCAGCAACUUUAGUGCAAAACCUAAAGUAUCCAAAUUAAGAAGAUGCAUGCCUCAAAUUAUAGCUGUGAGCAUCAAAAAUAUUUUAUUGUUGGUUUAUGGACUUACGAUGGGCAUGCCUGCUAUGUUGAUACCCCAUUUGGGCGGCGGCGGGGUUGACGGAGAAACGAUUGUGUUGGGUGAAAGUGGAAUAUCUUGGAUCGGUUCCCUUAGUUUCUUCAGCGUCCCCCUAGGAUGUUUCGCAUCAGGCAUAGUCACAAAACCAUUCGGAAGAAUCCGAGCCAUGCAACUUUUAUGCUUUCUAUUCAUUGGAGCUUUCCUAUUAUUUUAUUUUGCUACACAAGCGUGGCAGGUAUUUUUGGGCCUGUUCCUGACAGGAUUCACUGGAGGACUUUUGGAAGCACCAACAUUAAUAUAUGCAGUUGAAGUAACUGAAUUAGGAUUACGAGGUGCGCUAUCCUCCACUUCAGCCUUAGCAAUUGCCAUAGGAAUUCUUCAAUCGUUCAUUCUAGGUUCAGUUUUACCAUGGAGGACCAUGGCGCUGAUUAAUGGAUCGAUUCCAUUGGCAGGAGUGUUUUUGUUGUUUCUCAUACCAGAACCACCUCAUGGGUUAAUUAGAAAGGGACAGCUUGACAAGGCCAGGAAAAGUUUGGCUUGGUUGAGAGGCUGGACCACAAUUGGUAAUAUUGAAAAAGAGUUUCAAAUUUUGUUAGAAGAAAUUGAACAGAAAAAAUUAGAAAAGACUCAAAGUGUCAUCGAAUCAAUAAAAUCCUAUUUGAAACCGACCUUUUUAAAACCAUUUGGUCUUGUAUGCCUCACAUUUGUCUUGACACAUUUUGGUGCAACCCAAAUCAGCAUAUAUGCCGUGAACAUGUUUCAGCUUCUCCACGUUCCAAUCAAUUCCUAUCAUGCCACAAUCUUACUAGGAUUCUUACAAAUGCUAGGAUGUUUUUUACUUAUGAUUUUAGUCAGAUUUCUAGGCAAGCGCUUACUAUCUUUUAUAGCUCAAUCCGGAAUUUUUAUUGGAUUUUUGUUUACUGGAAUUUACGCUUACAGCGCCGGAGCUAACAAUUUCGACGCAGCUAAUAAUUUGAAUGAGGCUAUUGUUAAUAAAUACAGUUGGUUGCCGUUAGCUGCUAUUGCAGCUGUAACCUUCUGUAACUGUUUGAUGACUUCUUCAUUACCAUGGAUAAUUAUGGGAGAAUUAUAUCCAAGCGAUAUUAGGGACACUGCAGCUGGACUAAGCGCAGCUGCUGGAUACUACAUAGCAUUUCUAGCUAAUAAAACAUUUUUAAGUCUCAUAAAUGUGGUGACUCUAGCUGGAGUUUUUUGGAUCAAUAGCUGUGUGGCUUUACUUGGCAUUGUGCUAAUGUAUUUUCUGUUGCCUGAAACUGAGGGAAAACAUUUGCUGGAAAUUACUGAACAUUAUGCUGGAAGAAGGAAGCUCAGUAACAAUGUAAGAAGGCAGAAAGGAAUAGAUAAUAAAGUGUAUGAAGGUGAUUGUGAUAGUAAACUUUAAGUAAUUUGACACAAAACAGAUAAAUGUGUUGGGACAUUUUUUAAAACUCUUAUCAUAAUUAUAGUAAUCUCAGUCGAAUAUAGUAUUUUCUAGAUUACGGGCAUUAAGUAGAAGAGAAGUUUAUUUUUAAUUGGUAUUUACUAUAUAUAGGAACUAUUAAAUUCAAUUUCAUGUAUAUGUUUAAAAUAUAAAUAAAUGGAAACUAGUAGAUCUCGAGGUCAUAUAGACUUUGGCCUAAUUAAAAUAUUGAUUCAUUCAACGGCGCAUCAUAUUAUUAACUGAUAACUGUAAUAUAAAAUAGUCAAUAGUUCUGAAUGCAAAGUCUCGGACGGUGAUUUAAUUUUGAUAUGGCUUAAUAUGCGCAUCAGAAUACAAUCUUCUUCUUUGAUAAAACCAUAGAUGCCCAUUGCAAAUGAGCUUCUCCCGAUGAAUUAGGUACAUCCCGAUCUUUCCUGCGCGGCCUGAAUCCAUUGUUUUCUGCCGACCGUUGAAUGUCAUCCCGGAGCACUAAGAUAAUGUCAACUACUCAAGUAAAUACCACACUGUACAUCAAUUUUACUAAAGUGUAUCGAAGAGUCAGCAUUUAUUUGGUAUAAAUACCGCGCCGAAAUCCAUUACCGGCAGACUAAGGCUAGUACAAAGUACCUCAAAUGAGAAAAGCCCCUCUAGCUAAGUCUCCUUCCAGUGCAAACUACCUUCAAUGGGAAACGCCCUUCUGGACCUGUCUCCAACCUAGCUUCUUCUGGGAGUAUUGAACGCAGCAGACUAGGUCCAGUGCAAACUACCUUUAAUAGGAAACGCCCUUCCGGGACUAUCUCAAAGCCAGCUUCAGUCUUCAGUCACGCCAAGUGUACAGAGUGGCCUAUAAGUAGUACGUCCCUCCGUAGAAAAGACGUCAUGAUGCUAUUUCUAUUGGGUGAUAUGAUUAUUAUUCUAUACCUAUACCAAGCGAGUUUCUCUCUACCUGAACCCCACCUACGCCCCCAGGUCACGCUCUUGUGACGUCCCAGGACGAAACGUAUAGAGAUUGUGACAAUAUCAAGUUCUCGCCAUAUUAUCGCUAGUUCGUUUUCCAUUCAUCAAGAGUAUUGACACCUGUCUUUUUCUAUGAUAGACCUUUGAACACGACCCCUAUAUAAAGUUAAGGUAAAUCACUUUGGGGU